AUGUAUGAUUGUCAGUCUUCUGCACGGGCAUUAGCGUCCCACAGCCCUAAUUCACAGGCGCCCUGGGCGGAGAUCCCACGCGUUCGGCCACGAGAUAUCAUCUCGUCGUUUAUUCGUCACAGCCAGUAA